AUGGCCGCUUCCGUUGAAACAUCGACAUUCAAUGCUGAGAAGCCUAUGUCGCGAAAGAGGAAGCAGGACUAUGCCUCGGAUGCGACUUCUAAAACAUCAUCGCUGUGGUCAGACUAUGUAUGCUCAUCACCAAGCUCACCAGCGACUACACUUGGAAUGCAACAUCAACAUGGUGACGCUAUGGCGGUGGAUACAACAUCAUUUGCAACAGCAACAUCAUCAGCACAAGCUUUGGAUUUGAACAACUUGGAUGCCAUGUUUGCAGCACAUGGUGCAAAUCAAUUUGACCACUCAUUUGACUUUUAUAAUUUUGACACCACAACCACUCACUUGCCAACCUCUGGUUCCGCUUCUCGUCGUCACUCAGUUGCUGUUGGUGAACUUGACUUCCAUUCUUUUGACGCAACACGCAAUACUUUUGACAUGCAGCAUUUUGACAAUGAGAUGCAACGUUUGUUGGCUAUGCCAUCAUCUUGCUCACCAUCAACAUCAAGUGGUACAAGCACCGAUACAGUGACAACUUCAGGUGUUUCGGAUCCUGUCAUGCCACAACAAGCUACACACAAGCGAACAGCAUCUUUGCGUCUUGAGACAUCGCUUCCAAUGCAGCAUGAGUCAACAGGUGUAGCGUCACCAAGCACACCAGCAUUUUUCUCACCUGGUUUUCUUGAGGCGUUGUAUUCGGAUGAAGAUAAGAAUACCUCGUUUUUGUUAUCGGGUGAUCCAAAUGCAUCAUUUACACCACCAAUGCCGUUCACGUCCACUCCAGAUCAACAACAGCAGCCAAUGAUGCCAAUUUCCUCAUCAGCACCUGCAUCAUCCAAUCAUCAUGACUUUUUGUUACAGCACCAUGCCGUCACCACGCACGCAGCUACGGAAGCUACCAUUGCACCAUCAGCCAUUUCCAAUAGCGAUAUGCAUGCUGGUGUUACACCUUGGAUGAUGAAUCAUCAGCAACAACAACAACAUCAUCAUCAUCAUCAAGAGCCUGUUUACCACCAAAAGCAAUCACAACGCAGUAGCUGUAUGCGAUCAUCACCACCUGGUUCACCUUCCAACACAUCGACCAUGUCAUCAUCAUCCCCAUCACCUCCUAUCACCCCUAUGCAACCUGGCUAUGGUAAUGGAUAUGACAAUGGAUUCAAGCAGCCACAACUUCAACAUGCUACGAUUCCAGAGGAGGACGAGGAAAUGGCCAUUGAUCGUCAAAAUGUGGCUUCCAUGGCAACUUGGACUGCUGAGCAGCAACAACGUUUUCGUGCAUCCAAGAGCAGCUUAGUGACUGCACGCAUGUUGCAAGGUGCCAACACAGCCUCUGUACUCAAGCCCCACAUUCAACAAUACUUGAUGAGCAGCAAUCCAGCAGGCUCGGGUGAACGUACGGUGAUGAUUUUGACCAGCAAAGUUGCUCAAAAGAGCUAUGGCACUGAAAAAAGAUUCUUGUGCCCUCCUCCUACUACGGUGUUAUCGGGUGCAUCAUGGUGGACAAGUGACCCUUCAACCGUUGGCAAUGACAAGGACAACAGCUUUUUGCAUCACCAUAGCAAUGCUGCUGCUACAAGCACAACGUUGAGCCCACCAAAGUUGACUGUACAUAUUUCAGGCGAGACAACAAGCCAAUCGGGUGUGGUGGAAUGGCAUGCUCCCAACGGCUCUAUUUUGGAUGCUUCAUCAGCAGCAUCAGCAGCAAGCAAUGCAGCCAUGUCGAGUGACACAACCUUGUCGGGAAAAUGUGUAUCAAAACAUCUGCACAUUAACGAUGCUGACGAAAAGCGUAAGCGUGUCGAAGUCCUCGUCAAGAUGCAACUUGGCAAUGGUUUGCAGCUUGGCACCCUUGCUUCCAAAGGCAUCAAGGUCAUUAGCAAACCUAGCAAGAAAAGACAAAGCGUGAAGAAUAUGGAAUUGUGUAUUCAUCAUGGCACCACAAUUUCAUUAUUCAAUCGCAUUCGUUCACAAACGGUGUCGACCAAGUACUUGGGCGUGUCUACUAGUGAACAACAACAAGGUGGCAAAGGCGCAACACCAGGCAAUGGAACAUGCUUUGUGGCACGUACUGGGUCUUGGGAUCCAUUUGUGAUUUGGAUUGUGGAUACAUCUCGUGCACCUGAUAUGACGGCAACUACCUCUCGCAAGCAUCAUCCAAACAAUCCCAAUUAUCCACCACCACCUGCUAUUGCUUUGCAAACGGACCCUGCACAACACCCACUUGCUAUUCAUUACAACCAAGCGGUCGUUUUGCAAUGCGUUUCCACUGGUCUUGUUAGCCCUGUUAUGGUGAUUCGUAAAGUUGACAAGGGUUCAAUGGUCCUUGGUGGCAACCAUCUUGAUGAUCUUUCUGGUACUACGGGAGGUGAAUGUGGUGACGAAGCUUUGGGUGAUCCUGUAUCCCAACUCCACAAGAUUGCUUUCCAAAUUGUACAAGAUCCAUCCAUUGCUCACAGCAACAAGGCUGGUUUCCAUCCACACACUAUGGAUCCUUCCGCUAUGGCUAACGAGUGGACUCUACCUCAAUCGUGUCAACCUAUCACCUAUCUUGCAUGUCUCAAUGAUGUGGUUGGUAUGCACAAGACAACUACCCAACGCAUGUUUGUGUCACAACGAAAUCCUGCAGCAGCCAAGGAUUGGAUGAUGGGCCAAAUGAUGGGUAACAAUGGUGACUUUAUGGUGGCCAGAGAAAGUGAUCGUGGCGGCAAAGUGGUGCGUAAACGGCGUGUAUCAUGCGAUGUGGUCAAGCCCAUGUCAUUGCCUGCCAAGUUGCAAAACAUGUCUCAACAUCGUCGUCGUGUCAACUCUCUCAAUGAUGUGCCUGCUUUGCACCAUAGACGUGGAUCAACAAGCGCAUUACUUGAUCGUCGUGGUAGUACCGAUAGCAACAGCAAUCUUUCGGAUGGUGCUUGUUGGACCGAAGAUGUUUCUGAUGCUGCUGUAUGGACCAUCGUUGGCACCGAUUGUGCAACCUACACUUUUUGGACACCCCCUCCUAUGCUUGAUACUGCUACCAGUGAUGCCACUUUCAAUUCACCCUUCACAAGCACAAGCAUACCACCAUCAGCAGCAGCUGCAGCAGCAUCGCCUAUUACACCUUUCCCUGUGAUUUCUCAUAUCCCACAAUCUUCAGCCGCUGGCGGCGAUUCACUUUCCAUUAGUGGCGAGAACCUCACUCGUGAUUUGGCUGUAUGGUUUGGCGAUGUAAAAUGUCCUCGCACUGAUUAUCGCUCUCGUGAAUCCAUCUCUUGCUCCAUACCCGAUCUCAGUGAACUUGUUCGAAGCCCUGUUAUCACGGUGGAUGAAGAAAAUGGUUCUCGCAAGUUGCCCAUCCUUCUUGUUCGUGGCGAUGGCGUUGUUUAUCGCACUGGCAAGUUUUACACCUUUUAA